AAAAAACAGAAUCGUCCAUUCGAGCCGCGCUCUUGCAAAUUUCUCGUCUUUCCCUCGAUCCUUCCGGCACGUUCUAAAUAAAUAUCUACUUGGUUUUCAAACGGAAGGGCAAAGAAAAGAAAACUGAAAUUCGUUUUAAGGUACUAACUUAUCACGGGACAGCGCAGGUUAAAGGGACAACUCAGCCCUCACUGUAGGCCACGUCAUUUACCGAUCCGAGCACCGCGCGUAUCAUACACCUAUGAUGACAAGUACAACGGUGAGCUGACGCGUGUACACCUAAAAAUACCCUCAGUGCCACGGAAGCCCGCAGGCCGUGCUGCUUCCGCACUCUUCAAACCGGAUCACCGAGCGCAGCGCGAGGUAUGGAUCUGUCUCGUUAUCGUAAGAUUCUGAUCUACGCGUUGACGUUCCUGGCGUACGCCUGGUCCGGCUACGGCGCCGGGCUGCUGUCAAAUCUGCGGGACGCCGUGCUGGCGGCGGAAUCAGUCUUCCAGGAUCUCUUCGCCAACGCCAUAACCGUCGCGUGGAAGAUCAAGGACAUACACGAGGUGUUCGACGCCGCUGUGGAGGAGAACUGCGUCUUCCGGUGCCCGGACGGAUCCGCGCCGAAGCCAGAUCGGAAUCACAAGCCGCAGAGUAACGGAUGCGGUUCUCUUGGAAUCGAGAUCAAUCAAGAGUAUCUUCCAUUGGCCGAGAUGACAAAGUGCUGCGACCUUCACGAUAUCUGCUACGACACGUGCAACACCGACAAGGAAAAGUGUGACCUGGAGUUUAAAAGAUGCUUGUACAAAUAUUGCGAGACGUAUCAGACGACCGGCCUCACGGUCGUUAACACGUGUAAAGCUGCGGCGAAAGUGCUUUUUACCGGAACAACCGCGCUGGGCUGCAAGAGUUUCCUUGACGCUCAGAAGAACGCCUGCUACUGUCCCAAUAAAUCGAGCAAAAAGAAACCGAAGAAAGCUGCGCAGGCCGGCGGAGAAUUAUGAUAUAAUGUAGGAUUAAAAUUAUGUGAUAUAUUUCUAAACUAAGGCGUGAAUAAAAUAUUAGAAAUUUUGUAUUUGCACUGGCUUCUUAGUAAACAUAAUUUUGUAAGAUUCGAGUUUCUAUCGUGCUAUCCUUCAUACACACAUGUACAAACUUGUCAGUAAUUUGUAAAAUUAAAAUCACGAGUAAUAUAUAUAAUAUAUAAUUCUAUUUUA